AUGGGUGACUCCUACGCCGCUGCCUUCCCCAGCGCCCCGGGGCUGCUGUCUCCGUCCGCCAGCCCCCAGGCCUCCCCCGGCCCCUACGGUCCCGACUACGGACCCUUCGGCCACCCAUUCCCAGCCCCCUCCGGCGCCCAGGAGGUGCUGGGGGCCCCCGUGGUGGUGGCGGCCAAGGGCCACCCCCCGGGUGAGUGCCUGCCAGGCGUGUACCCCUCGCUGGAGAUGCCGCACCCCUACGGCUCCUGGUACAAGGGUGGCAUCGGAGGGGGGCUGCCGGGGGGCUCCGGGCCUGCCGCCCCAUCCUGGUGGGAUGUGCACCCCAAUGGGGGCUGGCUGGGGGGGCCGGCAGGCACCGAGGGGCUGCAGAGCUCGCUGCAGGGCCAGCCCACCCUCAGUCCCCCUCUGCCCACCUACGGCUCCGAUUUCGGUGCUCUGAAUCCCCCUCCUUACACCAACGCCCCCACGGCACCCCCCACCCCUAAACCCACGCCGGGUGAGACCCCGAAGGGUCCCCGUGGCGGCUCCUUGGGGGGACGCCCAGCGUGCGAUUGUCCCAAUUGCCAGGAGCUGGAGCGGCUCGGAGGCCCGGGGGGGUCGCGGCGGAAGCCGGUGCACAGCUGCCACAUCCCAGGCUGCGGGAAGGUGUACGGCAAAGCCUCGCACCUGAAGGCGCACCUGCGCUGGCACACGGGGGAGAGACCCUUCGUGUGCAACUGGCUCUUCUGCGGGAAGCGCUUCACCCGCUCCGACGAGCUGGAGCGCCAUGUCCGGACCCACACGCGUGAGAAGAAGUUCACCUGCCUGCUGUGCAGCAAGCGCUUCACCCGCAGCGACCACCUCAGCAAGCACCAGAAGACCCACGCCGACCCCGGCCCCCCCAAGCCGCCCCCCGGCGCCGAGCAGGCCCCUGCUUCCCCCCGGCCACCGCCCGCCUCGCCCGGCAAGGACGGCGGCAGUCCCGAAGCUGGGAGUUUGUUGGAGAUUUGA